CUCCCCGCCAACUUACCUCGAACUUUCACAACUUGAAGUCACAACCACACCAUACUACAAAAAUGGACCGUGACCAAAACACGACCGAGGAUCUUUUCGACCUCGAAAACCGCCUCACCGCCUCCCUCCUCCGCACCUUCCAAUCCCUCCUCCACCACGGCGCCUCCAGCGUUAACAACACCGCGUCCGUCGGCCAAGCCGCCUACAACGCCAUGGCGACCGACAUCCUCAUGAACGGCAUGGUGCAAUCGGUCGAGGAGCUUUUAUCGCUUACCCGCAAGAUGCGAGAACUAUGGGUGGUGGGACCCCUCCGUAAACCGGGAGAGGGGGAUGAGGAGGUGGAGAGGGAGAUGAGGGGGUGUUGGGAGGGGGUCGUCCAAAAUGUGGGGGGGUGGAGGGGACAGAAGAGGGGGAUACUGCUGGGGGAGGGGGGAACGGGGGAGUAUAAGGAGGGGGAGGUGGGAGCGCCGCCUGGUGUGUUGCAACUACAGCAGCAGCAGCAGUUUGGGCAAGGUGGGCAAGGUGGGGGGUUGCCGCCGUCUGGAAGCGCGACGCCGAAUAUGGGGGUGAGGAAUUUGACGGCAGCUGGGGGAGGAGCAGGAGGACCGGGAGGACCGGGAGGACUGGGAGGACUGGGAGGACUGGGAGGAAGUGGUGGCAUGGUGGCUUAGAAGGUUGUUGCUGCGCUGGGAUCGGAUUUCCUACUACGAGUACGAGUGAGGGUCGAGAAAGAAAAAGAAGAUGGCGUCGUUGGUUCAGGUGGGAAUGAUGAUGAUGAAAGUGGUAGCGAAACGCUUGUUGAUGAUGAUGAAAGUGAUGGUGAAAGUAGUGGUGAUGGCGAUGGUGAUGAUGAAAGUGAUGGUGAAACUGGUGAUGGAAGUGGUGAAGAAGAAGAAGAAGAAGAAGAA